UUCAAACGACCCCUUAGAUUUCCUCCAUCGAUCUCCAUGUCCCGUCCUGCGAUGGACCCUUCAUAGACGCACCUCAUCAAUCCUUUACUAGCCAUGAAGAAGAUCUGAUCUCUCUCUCUCUCUCUCUCUCUCUCUCUCUCUCUCUCUCUCAAUAUUCUAGGGAGGGAAAUGGAUUCCCAGAAGGAUGUCGGGAUUCUUGCCAUGGAUAUCUACUUCCCCCCUACAUGCGUUCAACAGGAAGUUCUGGAGGAUCAUGAUGGUGCAAGUAAAGGGAAAUACACUAUUGGACUUGGGCAAGAUUGCAUGGCCUUUUGUACGGAGUUGGAAGAUGUCAUUUCUAUGAGCUUAACAGUUGUUACUUCCCUUCUUGAGAAAUAUGGGAUUGAUCUAAGACAAAUUGGUCGCCUGGAAGUGGGUAGUGAGACUAUGAUAGAUGAGUAAAUCCAUAUAGACUUGGCUGAUGCAAAUCUUUG